AUGAUUUCGAGCAGCCUAAUAAUUCUUGCAGUGGGGGUUUUCACGGUUCCAACAAUCGCAAGCGGCUCCGAAAAAUUUCGACGGGACAUUACUCAGUUACCAUUGAGUUUGGGUUCACGUACAAAUAUGCUUAAAAAUGAAGGUUACAAUGCUGCGUCCAGCGUUGAAAUGGACAGUUACCAAGGUUUAGUUGGACGACCUGGUAUCGAUUUUCCAGUUUUAACCGAAAUUCCUAGGACUGUUUUCGAUUGCAAAAAUCAUGGAAACGGAUACUUUGCAGAUUUGGAAACCCGAUGUCAAGUAUUUCAUAUAUGCGAUGAUGGCAAAAAGAUCUCGUUUCUUUGCCCGAACGGUACGAUCUUCAGACAGCUGGAUCUGAUUUGCGACUGGUGGUUCAAGGUGGAUUGUGCAGCGACUCCGAACCAUUUUGCCGAAAGCACCGAAAUGCUUACGCAAGCGAAACGUGCUCGCUUACAAAGCAAGCAUCCAGUUCCACAACCAAUUCAUCAAAACGACGACCAACUAACAUAUAACAUUCGAGACCAGCGGCUCCUGAUAGGAAAUACUAACCACGUGCGCCGCCAACAGUUUUCUUCCCCUGGAUCUAUUCGCAAUGUUUUGGAUUUGAAUAGCCCCGUGGAUAAAGCCAGCUUAACGUUGGCAACAAAACGUCUGAGCAGAGAUGAGCAAGAAAACUCGCAAGCAGCCGAUGAAAUUCAGGACACCGCGCAGAGCGCCUCGUUUGCAUCGGUUGCAAAGAAAAUGUUCAACACUUACUACGCACAAGAACAGAUAGCGAAAAAUCUGAACUCGGCUAAUAAACAAAAACGAACUGAUCAUGACAACGAAGAUCUGUAUCGAGAUCAGAGCACAGCGCUUCAACUUUCGCGGGAGGCUAGUUCAAAAAGUAAUACGAAUAGCAACAGAAUCACGACGAACUAUAUGCCAUACACAACUGCACGAAAGCUGAACUUGAACGGCAAAGUCACGCAAUUUUACACACCAACGGUACCAACAUUUACUACCAGCGUAAAGAUAACAACAGUAUCGCCUUCUGAGGACAUCAAAGUCACGACAAAGGCCACAACAUUCAAAAGACGCACCGGUGUAGAUGAAGGUAGUCGUAUAACAUCGCCAAGCUUUAACAGCGAGCUCCAGCAGUCGAUACGACGCGAAGGUACCGUCGACGAUGAGUCUGUAAUGGAUCAUGCAAUGGAAAUUAUGCAAACUAUCAAAAAUCUCAAUAUUGAGGACACUGGCAAAAUUAGUAAACCAGUCAAAAAUCUUGAGCCAGAGAAAAAGGCAGAUACCUCGGAUAAAACCUACAGUGGUCUAGCUAGUUCGUCUCCUUCGUUGCUGUUUGCAACGUUACCAAAGGCCACAUCGUUUGAGUUUCUGCUACAACCGCCAGAAGGAGACCGUAACAUAGACAUCAAUAGACGAAUGUCUGCUGGAUCUGCUCGAAAGUAUGAAGUGGACGUAGGGCAUCGUUCGCUGCUUACCAGAACUACGUUGGACGAAUAUGAUAAACUAUUUCAUUCGAAAAACAGCGAUGGCAACGAUGGGAAUCACAUUGAUAGCGAGCAAAAUCCCGCCGCUACCGAGGAUGAUCUGUAUUAUGUGGAUUCCCAGCUGGAUCAGGAUUUACAGGGCGAAGCCACCAAGUAUCCUGGCUUUGGUCUGUCCAAUUCUACGCAAAUACGAGAGCUUGCACAAAUUUUCACCCACGCGCUGUCAGCCUACCUGCAAGAUCCCGUAACAUUCCGUCGAAUUUUGAUGGAAAUUCGCCCGAAGGCACCAGGACUGGCAAGUAAAUCGAUAACGUUUCAAAAUGGGCCGAAUUUCGAUGUCAACAGUAUACCAUCGCUUGGUGAAACAACAACCUAUUUGCCACCGGAAGGCUCACCACACUACGCUGCGCUGCGAGGUGUAGAGCCAUUGGAGGUGUUGGACUUUUCUGAUGUAACAACGACGACAACUGAUCCCAGCUACACAGACGGUGAAUCUACUGCAGCAAUCACAUCGACACUCCCAACAACAAUAGCUGAUAUAAUAGAAAAAAGCUACUCUACUAUUUCCCACAGCGUGGGAGAAGGAAUGAAACAAGGCAAAAGCUUAUCCAUAAAAUUCGUAACAAACUCUCGCAACGAGCUCGCCGAUGAAGUCAACGGUGAGUUGGGAACGCCGGCAUCAACCAAUCACUACGCCGGUUUUACCGAUCAUGCUAGCUUCGAGAUUAAUAAUAAAAACUCGGGCAACAAAUCACCCAACUCCCAAUCGUAUGAGGAUCAAUCGGGAAAGACCAACUUAAAGCCAUCAUCGGGUAUGCCGGGUUUGGCUAGCAUUGGGACAGAAGUCAUACCUCCUCCACAAUCAGUUCUGACGCCACCGAUGCUGCCUUUUUCGUUUAACAUGGCAGAAAGACCAAAAACGACAGUUACACUGGAAGAUGAUGAGCAGUUGCAGCACGCUCAAAGCGCAUCCAUACUGCCAAGCCAUAAUAACCAGCCAAUCUAUGAGAGAAGCAAGUAUAGCGUCAUAAGCUUACCGAAUUUUAAACAAAAUCCGACCAGUGGAGAAGGUCUUGGCGUAACCGAUGGUGUACCUACUACUACGGUUGAGCCGGCUAGAGAUUCAAAGCCUACAGGGGACGUGGCAUCGUUUCGAACUACAAUGUCGUACACCGUGUUUUUUGAUCCUCUAACGAUCAACGAUGAGCUUAUGCAACUUGAGGAUCCGAGACCUACCGUAGCCAAUGCGUCUGCAGCUCAUGCACUGCAUCGCCACGAGUGGAAUGGAACAUUUGCGAACGUCGAAUCAAUCUCGGCUGCUCCAACAACGAACGCCCAUCCAGCGCGACUUGUGGAGAAACAGCUCGAACAGAAUGCUGUUGAUAUGCAGCAAAAAGCAAACGAAAUGUUUGGUGAUCUAAAUGAAGCUCAGGCGGACAGGCUCAUGAACGCAAUGAAGUUGGCUGACAACAAUAAAUCUAUGCGGCGUUUAAUUCUGUUGCUGAUUCGAACUUGCGACGAUGAUCCGGCUAGCACAAACGAGGAAUCGCGAAAGGCUCUACUGGAGGCGCUCAUAAAAAUCGGUGGCGUGGUAGACACUUCAAACGGAAACGAUCUGCACCACGUGCCUGCCAACGAAUCUCGCAAAGGUGACGGCAAUCAUCGUAGAGGAAAACAUAUUGCAACUGAUACAGCAAAUGUCCUUUACGAUAGACCGGUGGUAAACGCAGUGCUUCCAAAUGUAACGGCCACGACAGAGAAUUAUGCCAACGUAGGAAAGUUCAUGAAAGAAUCCACUGAAGACAACGCCAGUGAAGAAGGAGCAAUUAACAGUGAAGAAUGGCCGGGAGACAACGAUUUUCACACCACGGUGGCAACGACUAAAAUGUUUUACCCAUCCGCUGAAAGCCAAACAAAUGCCCUGCCAAAAAUCAACUAUAGUCGUGAUUCCAAAUGGUCGUACACAAAUGAUGAAGAGCAACGGACGCAAUUUACGACCACACCACUGCCAACGACAUUUUUACAAACGACCACCGAAAGUGGCUUUACCUAUGAAACCACUGCAGGCUCUACUGCACCUACAUUUUCGACGGCAGCCGUAACGGCAAAAGAUUCUGAAGAUGCAACGUUCCUUUCGACGACUACGCCCGCAACGACAGGAUAUCGGUCUGUAGAGUCUUUUGAAGCGGAUUCGUCCUCGGAGAAGCAAUUUCAUGUAGAGGUUUCGCAUCGUUUGCCAAAGGACUUGUCUAGUUCGUUGGCUAAUCCUGGAAUAAAUAAAACCAAACAUCAUGCUUCACAUAGCUCUGAUACGCGAGCACUUGAGCUACUGAAAUCACUUUAUUCCUUGGCAGCACGAUGGGGCUAACUAACGCUACGAAUGUUUCGAAGAAAGUAAUCUCCUUUUACUCCAAAUUACUGUAUCCUGUGUAAAAGAGCAAGGUUGCACAUUUUGGAGAAACGCUUAU